UCUUACCGGCAUAUUCAAGAUGGCGUCUCGCAGCGAAAGUCAAGAAAGCGGUGUGAACGAAGAUUUGGAUUCUGCAAAUAUCGUCAAGGUGGACGAACCUGUGGGUAACCUAUCUAAAUACUAUGCCUUACCUCCUGGCUUUUCAGGAACGCCUAAAAAGGGGCACUUGAUGUUCGAUGCUUGUUUUGAAAGUGGAAAUCUCGGCAGAGUCGACUACAUUACGGAAUUCGAGUACGAUUUGUUUAUUCGCCCGGACACCUGCAAUCCUCGGUUUCGCGUCUGGUUUAAUUUCACUGUGGAGAACACAGCACCUUAUCAGCGUGUCAUAUUCAAUGUCGUGAAUUUCAGCAAGACCAAGAGCUUGUAUCGCGAAGGAAUGACUCCACUUGUUAAGUCUUCCAGUCGUCCAAAGUGGCAGAGAAUUCCUGCUAAGAAUUGCUUCUACUAUCGUUGCCCUGACCACAGAAAAAACUAUGUACUCUCAUUUGCGUUUGCCUUCGAUAAUGACACGGAUGUUUAUCAGUUUGCCUACUGCUUCCCUUACACUUACUCUCGUCUGCAAACCUUCCUUGAGGAACUCGAUAAAAAAAACAUGGCGUGUUACAGAAGAGAGCUACUUUGUUUGACGGUUCAGCAGCGCAGAGUUGAUUUGCUGACAGUUACUUCCCCAGAAAACAUGAAAGAUGAUCUCAAAAAGAGGGUAAUUUUUAUCACAGCAAGGAUUCAUCCAGGUGAAACUCCGUCGUCCUAUGUCUGUCAAGGUGUCAUUGAUUUCCUUGUCAGUAGCCAUCCAGUAGCCAAAGUGUUGAGAGACUACCUGGUAUUUAAGAUAGUGCCCAUGUUAAACCCUGACGGCGUCGUCUUGGGUAACUACCGCUGCUCCCUGAUGGGGUUUGAUCUGAAUCGCCAUUGGCAGGAGCCGUCACCGUGGGCUCACCCCACUCUAGUAGCUUGUAAGAACCACUUAAUGCAGCUGGAUGAAGAUGAAAAUGUCCAUCUUGACUUUUAUAUCGAUAUCCACGCGCAUUCCACUAUGAUGAAUGGUUUCAUGUACGGGAAUAUUUACGACGAGGAGGAACGAUUUGAAAGGCAAGCUGUUUAUCCGAGACUUCUAUGCGCGAACGCGGAAGACUUUUCCAUGUCCAACACAUCAUUUAACAAAGAUGCUGUGAAAGCUGGUACUGGGCGACGUUUUCUUGGCAGCUGCUUAGACCCAAAGACUCAUUGCUACACGUUGGAAGUGUCGUUUUUCAGCUACAAUACAGCUGUUUCACAAGGAAUGUCGCCAUACACCGAAGAAGGGUAUUUCAAACUUGGCCGUAACGUAGCGCGUACCUUCCUCGACUAUUACAAACUAAAUUCGCUAGUGGUACCCACGAAGAAAAAUGUUUCAAAAUCCUCACAGAGAAAGGAUUCUAAUGGUGAUGGGAAACAGAGAUUGUCUGGCAGAAGUGACUACAGUGGGAAGCUGUGAAUUAAAAAGUAUUCAAAGUUUUUAAUAUCGUGUCAUAAACUGAGAGAAUGUUAGACCAAAAAGUGACGUUUUGAAAGGCUCUGCGUUGUGACUCACAAUAACUUCAAAGCUCAGAUAGAUUUUUAGGGAAAAAAGUUAGAGUAGUUGUAUAUUAAUAGUUUAUUAUUUAUUGUGAUGAUUCAAUCACAAAUGCGGAAAGAUUACAUUUUUUGUCUUUUUGCAGCAAGCAUUUUUCCUUUACAUUGUCAAAUUGAAAUGUGUUGUUUUAACAACUAAGGAUUUUGCCAGGGUUAUGGUAUUCAAGGUUAAUUCGCUGCUGGCGAAGGUAAGAUGCAUCCCACCAGUCAUAACUUGCCUGUAAAAGUUUUCUUUUUCCGUGGCAAAGACCCACAUUAUAUUUAUGUUCCGAGAAAUUAAUGACGUAAAUAAAGGUAGCCCGCGUUUAGCCGUACCCUCCUCC